AUGGCCACCACGCCCCCGCCGAUGGCUGCCGUGCCCAUCCUCGAGCAGCUCUGCGUCACCACCGCCAUCAUCGGCCUGCUGGCCAUUGGCGGCAAGACCAUUGACUCGCUCUACGAGAUGAACACGAGCCCCGGCCGAGACACGGCCAUCCUCAACAAGGCCCUCCAGGAGCUCAAGCAGUGCCGCUCCUCCGUCCACAUCCUCUACAAGAACUUUUCCCUGCUCGAGGCCGGCGCGCUGCCGUACCCCGACCGAGCGACAUGGAUCAGCACCGACGACCUGGUCGCGACGCUGACCGACACCGUUCUGGCCGUCUCCGACCUGCAAGAGGCCAUUGAGCCCAUCGAAAAGUGCCAGGGGCUGGCCGCCCGUGUCGCCGUAUGCGCUCAGCACGCCCAGCGGCUGUCCAACCUGUCUACGAGGAUACGGUGGCACAAUCUGACCAUGAACAUGAUGAUGACCAUUCUUAAGUGCCCCGCCGAGCAGGAUGCCCAGAACAGCAGGCUGGGCCUCGAGCGACGAAUGACCCGGCUGCUCUCCUCCAACAGCGACCUCGCCCUCCGCAUGCGCCGCCUCCGAGACACCUUUGGCGCCCGGUCCAUGGCCCGGCGCGCCAUUCCCAACUACGCCCCCGUGGCCCAGAAUGCGCCGCGGCUACCAGCGGACCGCACAUCCUCGGCCUCGUCCAUCUCCGAGUUAUCAGCAUCGACAACGUCAGCGCAGUCGGGGCGGCAGACGGCCGCGGAUAGCGAAGCAGCCCCUCAGCCUCGGCUCUGGUCCAUAUUUUCCGGCUAUAACCUGGCCGACAUUCCUGUCCUCUCCAUGAUUCCUCUCCCCGUGCUCACCCUCGAGCUCCGCGACAACGAAUUCUACACGUUCGACUUUGCGCAGCGCGUCAGCGACGACUUGGUUGAGCUCAUGCAGCUUGACCCCGGCCAGCAAGGCACCAGCAAGAUGCUGCGCGUCAUAUUAUCCAAGCCGGUGGUGGCUCUGCCGCCAGGAACCGCCGGCAUGAACACUACACCCAACACCACUACCGUACCGCUCGACGCCCCGGCCGUUGCUCCGGCAAAUACAACGACCACGACAACGACAAAGUCUGAGUCCGUGCGCAUGAGCAAGAUGAUUAAAAGCUUCAAGAACCCGCUCAAGCACCACAUUCGGCGGAAGAAGCUGAAAUGA